AUGUGGUUGAAUUUGAUAGUGUGUUUGCUUGUUUUAGUACACAAAUCUUUUUGUCAGGAGCCGAAGACAUCGCCGAAAACUAUUUUUGCUGAGACAACAACAGAAAAAGAAAUAGACCAUAUGGAUAUUGCUGAAGAGGAACAGGAAGCGGCAUUAAAUCUAGACUACGGCAUCUACACGACCGUCAAGUUCCGUUACAUAAACAGUCAGUAUGAUAACCUGAAAAAAAUUGAGAAGUGCCAGGAUGAUUAUAUCAAGUGCUUGACCACGCAAGGGGUAGCAAUACCAGUAUGCUCCUACAAUUGGAUGGAGGACUAUCCGCGCUCUGACGGGUUCUUUUUGGCGGACAGCUACUGUGACGUAUAUUUCGAUAACUGCAGGCGACAGAUUAGAUUUUGGCGCAUUAUAGAUUAUGGCACGUGUAAAUACCUCAUGCUGGAGGAUAAGGAAAGGAAGUUGAUUAUACCGCACACUUUACGUAAAUUCUAUAAAAUGUCUUCUUCGUUUUUAUCAAAAAUUGCUAAUUUGGUCCGGGGAAAUAAAUCGUCAAACGAUAAUCAAUAAAGACAAACGCGAUAUACAUGCUAAUAAAAUAUAUUGUUAGUUUGUUAAGU